AUUCCGCCCACCCGCUCCUCCACCCCGCCCCGCCCCGUAGCCCGCCCCUUCCGGCCCCGGGCGGCGGCCGCCAUGGAGGCCGCCCUGCGCUUCUCUUUCGGGGUCAUCGCGGACGUCCAGCACGCGGACGCGGAGGACGGCCGCGAUUUCUGGGGCUGCCGCCGGCGGUACUACCGGCACAGCCUCAGCCUGCUGCGGGCCGCCGUGGAGGCUUGGGCCGCCGAGCGGCCGCCGCCCGCCUUCGUACUGCAGCUGGGCGACUGCAUCGACGGCGUCAACGCGCGGAGCGGCUCCGCCGAGGCGGAGGCGGCGCUGGCGCGGGUGCUGGCCGCGCUGGGACGGCUGCGGGUGCCGGUACACCACGCCUGGGGCAACCACGAGCUGUACAACUUCGCCCGGGCCCGCCUGGCGCAGAGCGGCCUCUGCAGCCGCCCGCCGCCGGGCCCCGGCCCGCCCGCCGCGCCGCCCGGCGAUUGCCACGCGUACCACUUCUGCCCGGCGCCGCGCUUCCGCUUCGUGCUGCUGGACGGCUACGAGCUGAGCCCGCUGGGCCGGGACGCUGACAGCCCCCGGCACCGGGCGGCCCUGCGGCUGCUGAAGGAGAAGAACCGCAACGCGGACCUCAACAGCCCCGCAGGACUGGAAGAACCUCAGUUCGUAGAAUUCAAUGGAGGAUUUAGCCAAGCCCAGCUGGACUGGUUCGAUGACGUACUCAGGUUCUCCGAUGAAAACCAUGAAAAAGUUGUCGUUACGGGUCAUCUGCCCAUUCACCCAGAUGCUUCAGACAAAGUUUGCCUAGCCUGGAAUUACAGAGAUGCCCUUUCUGUCAUACACUCUCAUCAGUGUGUGGUCUGCUUUCUUGCAGGGCACCUGCACGAUGGUGGCUACUGUUUAGACUCGCAUGGUGUUCAUCAUCUUACUUUGGAGGGGGUUAUUGAAACUCCACCUGAAAGCAAUGCCUUUGGAACUAUUUAUGUCUAUGAUGAUAAAAUGGUAUUAAAGGGAAGGGGCAGAAUUUCAGACAGAGUGAUGUGUUUCUGAAAAUGCCAAGCUGAUGUCUAACUUUUCUCCUUUAGGAAGUACUCAGACUAAAAAGUACGACAUCCAGCAUGUUCUUUGCUUGUAGAAAGAUCUACAUGUCUGAUGCUUGCAGUUUUAACUCUCAUGUUUCUCUCUCAGAUACAGAACUCUAAAAAUUAUGUUUUUGUAAGGAACAAGACUUAACUUUUUGGAGAAUAGAGAAGGCCAGUAACCGUGUUUGAAGAAUGCAGAAUGUUGACUUAACCACCCAGUCCUGAACAGAUUGCUGUUCAUUGUGAAAAAAACACAAACAAAAAGCCACUAGGUGGUAGUUUUGUUUUUCCAGGAUAUACCUGAUUUAGUCAGAUUUAAAGCAUUAAAAUUGUACCCACCCAGAAGCAGCUACAUACAUCUAGCUGGAAAAUCCAAGCUGUAGCCUAAAGCAGUCUUCUUAAUGCUGCUUUAAAAGACUAAAGUCAUUUUGAAAAAAGUGAAGCCAAUGAAAAUGGGCACUGUCUAUCCUACAUCAGAGCACAGUGCAGAGAGGCCCAAGCUUUAAAAUAAAAUAAAGGCAGGAAAACUAUGGCAUCGUGUAAUGCUGCAGAUAUAGCAGGUGGGAUACGUGUGUAUCCCUGGCCUGCAGCAGCACUGAGGGAAACAAGCUCUGAGCUCUGACUGGGGAUGACUCGAAGUGUGUUGCUGUGCUGCAUCUGGAUCCAUGCUGUCUCCACAGCCUGAGUAUUCACGCUCACCUGCACGUGCUUCUCCAUGACCAGUGAUGAUGGAGCAUGCUUACUGUCUCCGGGCUGCUGCACGAGUUCUGAUUUCCAGGAACAGAAAUUCUUUGAGAAGCAGGUUGUAAUAGUGACUGUGUCUGCUGGCAGCACUCUGUGAGCAUGCUUUUUGCAGAAAAUAAAGAAGCUUUCACUUGGUUUUCUUU